AUGUGCCGCCAAUACCUUACCCUCUACAACUGGUGCCAAUGCGAAGUAGACUCUGGCUACCAGGCGUGUGGCACUGGCCAGCCGGACCCAGAGUGUGUCGGCACUGGCUUUGAGACGGUCACCAUGCACUGCUUUUGUGAGAAGCACGCGACAAAGAAAUUCACUACAGAGAAGAAGCACGAGAAGCACCAGAGAAAGCAAAGCCGCUCCUCACGCUUGUCUAUCACUAGCAAUUCCUCCCGCAAUUCGCGGUACUCGGAUGCCAGUCUCGUCCAGGUGGAGAAUGACCCCCAGCAAGCUCCGAGUUUGCGGCAGAGGUGGUACCGCCGGUGGUCAGGAAUUUUCUGA